CACCCCGCCCCAUUCUCCCGCUUUCCAUCACCCCGCCCCAUUCUCCCGCUUUCCAUCACCCCGCCCCAUUCUCCCGCUUUCCAGCACCCCGUCCCAAUCUCCCGCUUUCCAUCACCCCGCCCGAUUCUCCCGCUUUCCAUCACCCCGCCCCAUUCUCCCGCUUUCCAUCACCCCGCCCCAUUCUCCCGCUUUCCAUCACCCCGCCCCAUUCUCCCUCUUUCCAUCACCCUGCCCCAUUCUCCCGCUUUCCAUCACCCGCGCCAUUCUCCCGCUUUCCAUCACCCGCCCCAUUCUCCCGCUUUCCAUCACCCCGCCCCAUUCUCCCGCUUUCCAUCACCCCGCCCCAUUCUCCCGCUUUCCAGCACCCUGCCCCAUUCUCCCGCUUUCCAUCACCCGCCCCAUUCUCCCUCUUUCCAUAACACCGCCCCAUUCUCCCUCUUUCCAUAACCCCGCCCCAUUCUCCCCACCCCGCCCCAUUCUCCCGCUUUCCAUCACCCCGCCCCAUUCUCCCGCUUUCCAUCACCCCGCCCCAUUCUUCCGCUUUCCAGCACCCCGUCCCAAUCUCCCGCUUUCCAUCACCCCGCCCGAUUCUCCCGCUUUCCAUCACCCCGCCCCAUUCUCCCGCUUUCCAUCACCCCGCCUUAUUCUCCCGCUUUCCAUCACCCUGCCCCAUUCUCCCUCUUUCCAUCACCCUGCCCCAUUCUCCCGCUUUCCAUCACCCGCCCCAUUCUCCCGCUUUCCAUCACCCGCCCCAUUCUCCUGCUUUCCAUCACCCCGCCCCAUUCUCCCUCUUUCCAUCACCCCGCCCCAUUCUCCCUCUUUCCAUCAUCCCGCCCCAUUCUCCCUCUUUCCAUCACCCCGCCCCAUUCUCCCGCUUUCCAUCACUCCGCCCCAUUCUCCCGCUUUCCAUCACCCCGCCCCAUUCUCCCGCUUUCCAUCACCCCGCCCCAUUCUCCCUCUUUCCAUCACCCCGCCCCAUUCUCCCGCUUUCCAUCACCCGCCCCAUUCUCCCGCUUUCCAUCACCCCGCCCCAUUCUCCCGCUUUCCAUCACCCCGCCCCAUUCUCCCGCUUUCCAUCACCCCGCCCCAUUCUCCCUCUUUCCAUCACCCCGCCUCAUUCUCCCUCUUUCCAUCACCCCGCCCCAUUCUCCCUCUUUCCAUAACCCCGCCCCAUUCUCCCGCUUUCGAUCACCCCGCCCCAUUCUCCUGCUUUCCAUCACCCCGCCCUAUUCUCCCGCUUUCCAUCACCCCGCCCCAUUCUCCCGCUUUCCAGCACCCCGCCCCAUUCUCCCGCUUUCCAUCACCCCGCCCCAUUCUCCCGCUUUCCAUCACCCCGCCCCAUUCUCCCUCUUCCCAUCACCCCGCCCCAUUCUCCCGCUUUCCAUCACCCCGUCCCAUUCUCCCGCUUUCCAUCACCCCGCCCCAUUCUCCUGCUUUCCAUCACCCCGCCCCAUUCUCCCGCUUUCCAGCACCCCGCCUCAUUCUCCCGCUUUCCAUCACCCCGCCCUAUUCUCCCGCUUACCAUCACCCCGCCCCAUUCUCCCUCUUUCUAGCACCCCGCUCCAUUCUCCCGCUUUCCAUCACCCCGCCCCAUUCUCCCGCUUUCCAGCACCCCGCCCGAUUCUCCCGCUUUCCAUCACCCCGCCCGAUUCUCCCGCUUUCCAUCACCCCGCGCCAUUCUCCCUCUUUCCAUCACCCCACCCCAUUCUCCCUCUUUCCAUCACCCCGCCCAAUUCUCCCGCUUUCCAUCACCCCGCCCCAUUCUCCCGCUUUCCAUCACCCCGCCCCAUUCUCUCUCUUUCCAUCACCCCACCCCAUUCUCCCUCUUUCAAUCACCCCGCCCCAUUCUCCCUCUUUCCAUCACCCCACCCCAUUCUCCCUCUUUCCAUCACCCCGCCCAAUUCUCCCGCUUUCCAUCACCCUGCCCCAUUCUCCCUCUUUCCAUCACCCCGCCCCAUUCUCCCUCUUUACAUCACCCCGCCCCAUUCUCCCGCUUUCCAUCACCCCGCCCCAUUCUCCCGCUUUCCAUCACCCCGACCCAUUCUCCGGCUUUCCAUCACCCCGACCCAUUCUCCCGCUUUCGAUCACCCCGCCCGAUUCUCCCGCUUUCCGUCACCCCACCGUUCUCCCGCUUUCCAUCACCCCGCCCCAUUCUCCCUCUUUCCAUCACCCCGCCCCAUUCUCCCUCUUUCCAUCACCCCGCCCCAUUCUCUUGAUUUCCAUCACCCCGCCCCAUUCUCCCGCUUUCCAUCACCCCGCCCCAUUCUCCCGCUUUCCAUCACCCCGCCCCAUUCUCCCGCUUUCCAUCACCCCGCCCCAUUCUCCCGCUUUCCAUCACCCCGUCCCAUUCUCCCGCUUUCCAUCACCCCGCCCCAUUCUCCCGCUUUCCAGCACCCCGCCCCAUUCUCCUGCUUUCCAUCACCCCGCCCCAUUCUCCCGCUUUCCAGCACCCCGCCUCAUUCUCCCGCUUUCCAUCACCCUGCCCCAUUCUCCCGCUUUCCAUCACCCCGCCCCAUUCUCCCGCUUUCCAGCACCCCGCCCCGUUCUCCCGCUUUCCAUCACCCCGCCCAAUUUUCCCGCUUUCCAGCACCCCGCCCCAUUCUCCCGCUUUCCAUCACCCCGCCCCAUUCUCCCUCUUUCCAUAACACCGCCCCAUUCUCCCUCUUUCCAUAACCCCGCCCCAUUCUCCCCACCCUGCCCCAUUCUCCCGCUUUCCAUCACCCGCCCCAUUCUCCCUCUUUCCAUAACACCGCCCCAUUCUCCCUCUUUCCAUAACCCCGCCCCAUUCUCCCCACCCCGCCCCAUUCUCCCGCUUUCCAUCACCCCGCCCCAUUCUCCCGCUUUCCAUCACCCCGCCCCAUUCUUCCGCUUUCCAGCACCCCGUCCCAAUCUCCCGCUUUCCAUCACCCCGCCCGAUUCUCCCGCUUUCCAUCACCCCGCCCCAUUCUCCCGCUUUCCAUCACCCCGCCCCAUUCUCCCGCUUUCCAUCACCCUGCCCCAUUCUCCCUCUUUCCAUCACCCUGCCCCAUUCUCCCGCUUUCCAUCACCCGCCCCAUUCUCCCGCUUUCCAUCACCCGCCCCAUUCUCCUGCUUUCCAUCACCCCGCCCCAUUCUCCCUCUUUCCAUCACCCCGCCCCAUUCUCCCUCUUUCCAUCAUCCCGCCCCAUUCUCCCUCUUUCCAUCACCCCGCCCCAUUCUCCCGCUUUCCAUCACUCCGCCCCAUUCUCCCGCUUUCCAUCACCCCGCCCCAUUCUCCCGCUUUCCAUCACCCCGCCCCAUUCUCCCUCUUUCCAUCACCCCGCCCCAUUCUCCCGCUUUCCAUCACCCGCCCCAUUCUCCCGCUUUCCAUCACCCCGCCCCAUUCUCCCGCUUUCCAUCACCCCGCCCCAUUCUCCCGCUUUCCAUCACCCCGCCCCAUUCUCCCUCUUUCCAUCACCCCGCCUCAUUCUCCCUCUUUCCAUCACCCCGCCCCAUUCUCCCUCUUUCCAUAACCCCGCCCCAUUCUCCCGCUUUCGAUCACCCCGCCCCAUUCUCCUGCUUUCCAUCACCCCGCCCUAUUCUCCCGCUUUCCAUCACCCCGCCCCAUUCUCCCGCUUUCCAGCACCCCGCCCCAUUCUCCCGCUUUCCAUCACCCCGCCCCAUUCUCCCGCUUUCCAUCACCCCGCCCCAUUCUCCCUCUUCCCAUCACCCCGCCCCAUUCUCCCGCUUUCCAUCACCCCGUCCCAUUCUCCCGCUUUCCAUCACCCCGCCCCAUUCUCCUGCUUUCCAUCACCCCGCCCCAUUCUCCCGCUUUCCAGCACCCCGCCUCAUUCUCCCGCUUUCCAUCACCCCGCCCUAUUCUCCCGCUUACCAUCACCCCGCCCCAUUCUCCCUCUUUCUAGCACCCCGCUCCAUUCUCCCGCUUUCCAUCACCCCGCCCCAUUCUCCCGCUUUCCAGCACCCCGCCCGAUUCUCCCGCUUUCCAUCACCCCGCCCGAUUCUCCCGCUUUCCAUCACCCCGCCCCAUUCUCCCUCUUUCCAUCACCCCACCUCAUUCUCCCUCUUUCCAUCACCCCGCCCAAUUCUCCCGCUUUCCAUCACCCCGCCCGAUUCUCCCGCUUUCUAUCACCCCGCCCCAUUCUCUCUCUUUCCAUCACCCCACCCCAUUCUCCCUCUUUCAAUCACCCCGCCCCAUUCUCCCUCUUUCCAUCACCCCACCCCAUUCUCCCUCUUUCCAUCACCCCGCCCAAUUCUCCCGCUUUCCAUCACCCUGCCCCAUUCUCCCUCUUUCCAUCACCCCGCCCCAUUCUCCCUCUUUACAUCACCCCGCCCCAUUCUCCCGCUUUCCAUCACCCCGCCCCAUUCUCCCGCUUUCCAUCACCCCGACCCAUUCUCCGGCUUUCCAUCACCCCGACCCAUUCUCCCGCUUUCGAUCACCCCGCCCGAUUCUCCCGCUUUCCGUCACCCCGCCCCGUUCUCCCGCUUUCCAUCACCCCGCCCCAUUCUCCCACUUUCCAUCACCCCGCCCCAUUCUCCCUCUUUCCAUCACCCCGCCCCAGUCUCCCGAUUUCCAUCACCCGCCCCAUUCUCCCGCUUUCCAUCACCCCGCCCCAUUCUCCCGCUUUCCAUCACCCCGCCCCAUUCUCCCGCUUUCCAUCACCCCGCCCCAUUCUCCCGCUUUCCAUCACCCCGCCCGAUUCUCCCGCUUUCCAUCACCCCGCCCGAUUCUCCCGCUUUCCAGCACCCCGCCCCGUUCUCCCGCUUUCCAGCACCCCGCCCCGUUCUCCCGCUUUCCAGCACCCCGCCCCAUUCUCCCGCUUUCCAUCACCCCGCCCGAUUCUCCCGCUUUCCAUCACCCCGCCCCAUUCUCCCGCUUUCCAUCACCCCGCCCCAUUCUCCCGCUUUCCAUCACCCCGCCCCAUUCUCCCGCUUUCCAGCACCCCGUCCCAAUCUCCCGCUUUCCAUCACCCCGCCCGAUUCUCCCGCUUUCCAUCACCCCGCCCCAUUCUCCCGCUUUCCAUCACCCCGCCCCAUUCUCCCGCUUUCCAGCACCCCGCCCCAUUCUCCCGCUUUCCAUCACCCUGCCCCAUUCUCCCGCUUUCCAUCACCCUGCCCCAUUCUCCCGCUUUCCAUCACCCCGCCCCAUUCUAACUCAUUCCAUCACCCCGCCCCAUUCUCCCUCUUUCCAUCACCCCGCCCAAUUCUCCCGCUUUCCAUCACCCUGCCCCAUUCUCCCUCUUUCCAUCACCCCGCCCCAUUCUCCCUCUUUACAUCACCCCGCCCCAUUCUCCCGCUUUCCAUCACCCCGCCCCAUUCUCCCGCUUUCCAUCACCCCGACCCAUUCUCCGGCUUUCCAUCACCCCGACCCAUUCUCCCGCUUUCGAUCACCCCGCCCGAUUCUCCCGCUUUCCGUCACCCCGCCCCGUUCUCCCGCUUUCCAUCACCCCGCCCCAUUCUCCCACUUUCCAUCACCCCGCCCCAUUCUCCCUCUUUCCAUCACCCCGCCCCAUUCUCCCGAUUUCCAUCACCCGCCCCAUUCUCCCGCUUUCCAUCACCCCGCCCCAUUCUCCCGCUUUCCAUCACCCCGCCCCAUUCUCCCGCUUUCCAUCACCCCGCCCCAUUCUCCCGCUUUCCAUCACCCCGCACCAUUCUCCCGCUUUCCAUCACCCCGCCCGAUUCUCCCGCUUUCCAUCACCCCGCCCCGUUCUCCCGCUUUCCAGCACCCCGCCCCAUUCUCCCGCUUUCCAUCACCCCGCCCGAUUCUCCCGCUUUCCAUCACCCCGCCCCAUUCUCCCGCUUUCCAUCACCCCGCCCCAUUCUCCCGCUUUCCAUCACCCCGCCCCAUUCUCCUGCUUUCCACCACCCCGCCCCAAUCUCCCACUUUCCAGCACCCCGCCCUAUUCUCCCGCUUUCCAUCACCCCGCCCCAUUCUCCCGCUUUCCAGCACCCCGCCCCAUUCUCCCGCUUUCCAUCACCCUGCCCCAUUCUCCCGCUUUCCAUCACCCUGCCCCAUUCUCCCGCUUUCCAUCACCCCGCCCCAUUCUACCUCAUUCCAUCACCCCGCCCCAUUCUCCCGCUUUCCACCACCCCGCCCCAUUCUCCCGCUUUCCAUCACCCCGCCCCAUUCUCCCGCUUUCCAUCACCCCGCCCCAUUCUCCCGCUUUCCAUCACCCCGCCCGAUUCUCCCGCUUUACAUCACCCCGCCCCAUUCUCCUGCUUUCCAUCACCCCGCCCCAUUCUCCCGCUUUCCAUCACCCCGCCCGAUUCUCCCGCUUUACAUCACCCCGCCCCAUUCUCCCGCUUUCCAUCACCCCGCCCCAUUCUCCCGCUUUCCAUCACCCCGCCCGAUUCUCCCGCUUUGCGUCACCCCGCCCCGUUCUCCCACUUUCCAUCACCCCGCCCCAUUCUCCCACUUUCCAUCACCCCGCCCCAUUCUCCCUCUUUCCAUCACCUCGCCCCAUUCUCCCGCUUUCCAUCACCCCGCCCCAUUCUCCCGCUUUCCAUCACCCCGCCCCAUUCUCCCGCUUUCCAUCACCCCGCCCCAUUCUCCCGCUUUCCAUCACCCCGCCCCAUUCUCCCGCUUUCCAUCACCCCGCCCCAUUCUCCCGCUUUCCAUCACCCCGCCCGAUUCUCCCGCUUUACAUCACCCCGCCCCAUUCUCCCGCUUUCCAUCACCCCGCCCCAUUCUCCCGCUUUCCAUCACCCCGCCCGAUUCUCCCGCUUUCCGUCACCCCGCCUCGUUCUCCCGCUUUCCAUCACCCCGCCCCAUUCUCCCACUUUCCAUCACCCCGCCCCAUUUUCCCUCUUUCCAUCACCUCGCCCCAUUUUCCCGCUUUCCAUCACCCCGCCCCAUUCUCCCUCUUUCCAUCACCCCGCCCCAUUCUCUCUCUUUCCAUCACCCCGCCCCAUUCUCCCGCUUUCCAUCACCCCGCCCCAUUCUCCCGCUUUCCAUCACCCCACCCCAUUCUCCCGCUUUCCAGCACCCCGCCCCAUUCUCCCGCUUUCCAUCACCCCGCCCCAUUCUCCCGCUUUCUAG